AUGCCCUACGGCAAGGGGGCCGCUGAGGACUGGCGCAGGAGGUCGCAGAGGGCGUCCGUGUGCCAGACGGACUCAUUGACCGCCGGGGAGGCUGCAUCGGCACCACUGCUGAGGCAGCUGACCAACGUGCAGAGGCUGAAACUUGCAGGGGGUGGCGAUCUGGCAGCAGAGUCGGGCAGGCGCCUGGACGGCGUGCGGACUGCGAGCGGUACUCUGGACAAGGACUCGGGACCUUCGGCCGCCUCCGAGGCCGAGUCACGCGCUCAGCGCUCGUUGGAGACAGCCAAGACUUGGAGCAGGUUUGGUGGCACCAGCACUUCCAAUGGCAAGCUACUCUACUCGGUGGCAUCGCUGGACAGCGUCAGCACCAUUGCAGGCACUGCCCUCCUCGGCGGCUCGAGCACUGGCAGCCUUUUCACGGCGCUGGCUGAGGGGGACGAGGAGUCGACCGCGUCCGCGAGCGAAGACCUGGGCGAGCUGCCAGAGGGCAUGCCGCAGCACAAGGUGGUGAGCAUGAUCUUGAACAACAACCUCACACAUCAGGCGGCCAUCGACAUCCUUGAGAAGAUCAAGGAUCCCAUGGCCGGGAACCAGCUCACAGACAGUUACUUCGAGAGCGCCAACAUGUACGGAGAGAUCGGGGACGGGCUCCUGGGCAUCAGGAGCCGCCUGAAGCGCAUCGAGGCCAGCUUGGAGAUCGACAGCCUAGACCUCGACGCGGAGCGGGCCCAGGAGGCCAGGCGGCAGCAGGAGGAGGAGCGGCGGCAGGAGCUCGAGCAGCAGAUCUUCGCCCUGGAGAUGAGGGUAGAGGCGGACAUGGAGAUGCUCGACAGGCUCGAUUACAGCGGUCAGGCGUGGGGGCGGCAGAAGCUCGGCCGCACCCUCGGCGGCAUCGUGUUCCAGCUGGACAGGUACAACUGGAGCCAGCUGUGCCGGCUCCUCAAGCGCUGGGUCCAGUGCGACACGGCGAACCAUCACUUGGUGAAGGACCUGCUCCAGGAGAUUGCCGAGCAGGAGAGCGAAGCGCUCCACCUGAUGUCCAUGUCGCGCCUCAAGGUGACCGAGGCCCUCAGCGGGCGGGUAGUGAGCGCGACGCGGCUGCUGAUGGGCUUCCACGACAGGAUCUUGGAGGAGAUGCGCAGCGUGUCCGCCAAGAGGAAGGAGCUCCGGGAGGACCAGGACUCCACUGCCUCGCGCCGGCCAUCCUCCGCCUCGUCGGGAGGUCUGUCCAGCGUGAGGAUCUUCCGGGAGCAGAUGGCGGACACCUCAGAGCGGCACAUGAAACACAUGGAGAUGAACCGAGCCAUGCAAGACUUCAUGGCGAACCGGGCCUCCAUAUUUGCGGCUCCGCCGCAGCUUGCAGGCGGCGAGGGGCACCCUGCGACGAGCAGGAACAGGUUGUCCACGAGGCCGAGUGUAUUGGCAGGUCUGCGCCAAAGUGUGCGCAGAAGUACGGCGUUCAAGAGGAACAGCUCAUGCCGUACUGUGGUCGAGGAGCCGCCAAGCCGCAGCUCCAUGGUCAUGCAGAACCGCUUCGCUGUCAUGUGCAGCUCCUCGGUGUCCGCCGGAGAGACCAAAGCCCACUUCAUCGAGACGGCGGCGAAGGCCGCAGAGACGAUGCAGGAGCAGCUGAUCGACCUGGUGACCCGCAGGGCCGCAGAGGUGGCCCGUGUGAAAGACCUCAGGCAGCGUCGCCAGCAUUUGUGGAACAGGCUCAACAGUGUCACGAUUCGCCACGAGAUUGUGCCGCAGGCAGCAUCCAUGGCACCAGUGCAGCCGAAGAACCCGUGGCAACAGCGUCUGCGCCAGGUGGGGCUGCUGGGCACGGCCUUCCUUGACCGCAAAGAAGACAGAAGCGCGUCCCCAUCACCGUCAUUGCGCAGGAACGAGAUGGGCGCUGCGCAGAUGCAGGAUGCCAGGGAGCUGCAACGGCGCCUGAAGAUAAUCCAGAACAUGUUGUCGAGAUUUGACGCUGAGAAAGACUCUAUCGAGGCAGAGGUCUCUUCCUUUUAUGGAGAAGGUGCGUGGGUGACCUCCAGAGACGGCGUCGACUUCAAGUUGAAUCCGCGCGAGGCUAUCCUUCACAAGGUGGAGCAGAGCCUGGACUUUCGCAUGGAGCGGAACUGUGGAGAUGAGGAGAAGAGCCACCUGGCAGACCUGUAUCAGGUCGCGGGCGUGCUUGUCAUGAAGAUCCGCAAUACCCCAGACAAGGAGAGGGCGGCUCUGGACACGAGGAUCGACCAGCUGGUGUGGCGCCUGCAAGCUUGGCACCGUGGUGCCGAGGACGGGGACGGGCAGUCGCCCAAAGUUGGGGCAACGGCGUCGGACUCCGCCUCGCCGAUCCAGCACGCACGCUCGGGAGUACACGAUCUCAGCCCACGCUCGGGAGGGACGGCACCGGACUCCAGCGAGCGCUCCACCGCGUCCCUGGCGCAGCAUUCCUCGGAGGCAGGCCGGAGCCCGCCCGUGGCGGCCCGGGCCUUCUGCCCCAGAGGUGCCGACGAGGUCGACCCCCUCACGGCGGAGCUGGCAGAGCAGGAGGCGUUCCUCGAGCGGUACCAGGAGCUCCAGAAAUGGAGGGAGAAGGUCGCGAGGCUGAAGGGAGAGUGCGACGGGCUCGCGCGCCAGGUCCUGAACGGGCGAGCUAUGCGGAGCGGAAGCCCGAAGAGGCCAGCCUGGCGGCCGGGUGUGCCGCUGGAGCUCGUGGGUUCACCGAGGUCGCCAACGAAGGGCUUUCCGCCGAUGCUACGGACAACAUCGAAGAGAUCGCGCACGAAAGGCUCCGAGGCCAGCAGCAGAAAGCUGGGCGGCGAGGUGCGCGAGCCCGCUGAGGCCGAGGAAGCGAGCGUUCAGCUCGAGCUCGCCCAGGCAGAGGAGGAGAAUCGCUGGUUGCACGGCGAGCGCGACAGGAUGAGGCGAGAGAGCAACUUGCUGGAGGUAAGCAUUGGCGCGAACAUGGAGGCGGAGGAGUUGGACUUCUCAUUCUUCAGGAAUGGCAUGCCAGCCAGCGUCAAGGCUGGCAGUGUGCGCGGCCGGAUGAGAAGUACCAGAAGACUGGCGAUCGUGGUGGACGUGUGGGACAAGAAGAUGCAGGAGCAGCGGUGCAGAAGUUCGUGGCCGAGGAGCAGGACGCGCGGGCGAUCUUCACCCUGGCGCCUGCGCAUGGCGAUGCCGAAGGGCGAGUCCGCAUGGCCGACGUCGUGGCGGUCGCCGUCGCCGGCCUGGGCUACGUAG